AUGAAAGUCCUGCUGUGUGGCCUCCUGCUGCUCAGCCUCUUCUCCAGCGCGUCCAGCAGCUGCCAGGGGGACUGUCUGACCUGCCGGGAGAAGCUCCGCCCAGCCCUGGACAGCUUCAACCUGGAGAAGCAGCUGCAGAAGCGCUUCGGGGGCUUCACCGGGGCGAGGAAGUCGGCCCGCAAGCUGGCCAGCCAGAAGCGGUUCAGCGAGUUCAUGCGGCAGUACCUGGUUCUGAGCCUGCAGUCCAGCCAGCGCCGGCGCACCCUGCCGCAGACCCGCAGGGCCUAG